UUUUCCCGCUAUUGCUUCUGUCAACUGUCAAAUUCUAAACUGAAAUGAAAUCCGAACCGAAAGAAAAAUAAAUUUAAAAUUAAGAAAUCAGCAUUGCAGUGUUGCCUUGACUUUUAAAGAAUCUGUUCAAAUUAGUAGUACUUUUAAAUAAUUUUGAAACAGCUCAUCUCCAACAGACCGAAUAAUUUGUUAUUUGCGUUUCAAAAUUACUAUUCAUUACAAAUAUGCCUACCUUUAGAAGUGAAAAUGGUAAAACGAGAGUUAAGGCUAAAUCUCGCAGUACCCGGGCCGGCUUGAGUAUGCCUGUCGGCAGAAUUCAUAGGAUUCUAAAGAACGGUAACUAUGCACCUCGCAUCGGCGGAGGGGCAGCAGUUUACUUGAGUGCUGUGCUUGAAUACUUAGCGGCCGAGAUACUGGAGUUGGCUGCCAAAGCAGCUGAUGAUAACCAAAGAACUAGAAUCUCACCUCGUCAUAUUUUACUGGCUGUUCGAAAUGAUGAUGAGCUGAACAAAAUGCUGGAGGGUGUAACUAUAUCACAGGGCGGAGUAAUACCACACAUAGAACAAAAACUUUUACCAAAGAAAACAAACAUGAAAAGUCAACAUAACACUAAUAGCUCAUCACAGGAGUAUUAAUGUUAGUUGAUACAACUUUAAUUUGACCAAAAUCACAGUUUCUGCAAAGGAAUGGGCAGAGAUGGACACAUGUAAAAUGCAACACCUACUGUGUAUCAGUUCUAACUUCCUAGUAAAGAUGGAACCUAUUGAAUCACAUUUUAAAGUCUGAAAAAAAAAUACAUUCCUAUUAUCUUCAUAAAAUGAAAAACAAGUGGUGUACUAGGUGUGUGGUCAUCUCUGCCUACUCCUGAGAAUUUUGAAAAAUUAUACUUGUAAAUUGUUAAAAAAUUAUGUUUUGACUGUAAUGUAAGUUUAUAUUAGUCCCUAGUGGAUGUGGAUGUGUAAUUUGUAAUGUACCUAAGUGCCUGAGUGAUGUUUAAGAAUUGGCCCUGUUCCUAAAUGUUUAAUGGCAUGGUUAAAUUUUAAUAAAGGAUGACUGGCUUUUUAAUUAUAC